CGGCCCCGACUCCCCAGCCCCGACGCGGUCGUCCCCGCCAGCAGCUAAGAUGGCGGCCGCGGCGGCAGCCCCGCGUCUGCGCACGCUCUUGACGCCGCUCCCGGGCCGCUCUAGCCGCAGCUCUCGGUGGGCGCCGCCGCCAGCCAAUGGCAGGGCGCGGAAGGCGCAGGCCCCGCCCCGCGGAUCAGCUGAGGAGCCGCGAUGUCUGUUGACAGCGGCGGCGGCACGGCCGGUUCCGGGUUCGGCUCGGGCCGGGCGGCGUGAGGCCAUGGAGCCGCCGCGGGAGGGCGAGCCGCCGACUCCGCAGUCGACGCCGUGGGGGCGGCUCCUCCGGCUGGGCGCGGGCGACGGUGAGCAGCUCGUCCUGCUGAGGAAGCGCCAGUGGACCUUCGGGCGCAGGAGAGGCUGUGACCUUUCCUUCCCUGGCAAUAAACUGGUCUCUGGAGAUCACUGUAAAAUUACAGUGGAUGAGAAAUCUGGUCAGGUGGUGUUGGAAGACACCAGCACCAAUGGAACAGUGAUUAAUAAACUGAAGGUGAUUAGGAAGCAAGCCUGCCCUUUGCAGACUGGGGAUGUCAUCUACUUGGUGUACAGGAAGAACGAGCCAGAGCACAAUGUGGCAUACCUCUAUGAAUCUUUAAAUGAAAAACCAGGCGUAACUCAAGACUCCUUUGAAGCCAACAAGGAAAACGUGUUCCAGAUGACCAAAGAUACCUCAGGUGCAGGGCAAUGUGAUGAUGCCCAGGUCCCGCCACUGCCACUGGCCACUCAGGUGUACUUUGAGGAACCACAGCCAUCAACAUCCACAUCAGACCUCUUCCCCACGGCCUCUACCUCUUCCAAGGAGCCCACCUCGGCAGAGCCCCCAUCCAGCUCUGGCUCCAGAAGUUCAGGCAUCUCCACAAAAGGCUGUGAUUUGUCAGCGAUAAGUGAUGAAGCCUCCACCUUCUCUUCAGCCCUCUCAGACAGAGAAGGAGUGUCCUUUUCUCUUCUAGAGCCCCAGGCCCAGGAGGAUAUGGAGCCCACUAAGAAGAGAAAGAAAGGAGAUGGGGAGCCUGAGCUCCACCUUCAGCUGCUGGUUGAAGACCAGUGUCAAGCCUCCCACACCAUCUUGGAGGAUGUCAAAGCUGCAGCCGUGAAGCCAGACAAGAUGGAGGAGACACUCACGUGUAUCAUCUGCCAGGACCUGCUGCAUGACUGUGUCAGCCUGCAGCCCUGCAUGCACACCUUCUGUGCAGCCUGCUACUCGGGCUGGAUGGACCGUUCUGCACUAUGCCCCACCUGCCGCUGUCCAGUGGAGCGGAUAUGUAAAAACCACAUCCUCAACAACCUGGUGGAGGCAUACCUUCUUCAGCACCCAGACAAGAGUCGCAGUGAAGAAGAUAUGCGGAGUAUGGCUGCCAGAAACAAGAUCACUCAAGACAUGCUGCAGCCCAAAGUCAGGAGGUCCUUCUCUGACGAGGAGGGGAGCUCAGAGGACCUGCUGGAGCUGUCAGAUGUGGACAGUGAGUCCUCGGAUGUCAGCCAACCGUACGUCGUGUGCAGACAGUGUCCCGAGCACCUCAGACAGGCGGGGCAGCCCCUUUCCUGUCCAGGGCCCGGCACUGAUCCAGGGGCACUGCAAGCCUCCAGGGGCGACACGCCAUCAACAUCCACCUGCAGCAAGACAGCCCAGGAGUACGUGUGUGCCCUGCAGGGGAGCCACGCCAUCUGCACCUGCUGCUUCCAGCCCAUGCCAGAUAGGAGAGCAGAGCGUGAGCAGGACCCCCGCAUCGCUCCCCAGCAAUGUGCCGUCUGCCUGCAGCCCUUCUGCCACCUGUACUGGGGCUGUGCCCGCACCGGCUGCCUCGGCUGCCUGGCCCCUUUCUGUGAACUCAACCUGGGUGACAGGUGUCUGGACGGGGUGCUGAGCAGCAACGACUAUGAGUCGGACGUCUUGAAGAAUUAUCUGGCAACUAGGGGCUUGACAUGGAAGAAUAUGCUCACUGAGAGUCUGAUGGCACUGCAGAGGGGAGUGUUCCUGCUAUCUGAUCACAGAAUCACGGGGAGCACUGUGCUUUGUUACUGUUGCGGCCUGCGGAGUUUCCGAGAGCUGACCUACCAGUACCGGCAGAACAUUCCAGCUUCCGAAUUGCCAGCGGCUGUAACAUCCCGUCCAGAUUGCUACUGGGGCCGCAAUUGCCGCACUCAGGUGAAGGCGCACCAUGCAAUGAAAUUCAAUCAUAUCUGUGAACAGACGAGAUUUAAGAACUAAACUUUGUGGAGGCACCAAGAUGUCUUUGGAGGUCCAUGACAGCAGUUUCAGAAAAUACUAACCACAGAAACUUUAUGGGCAUUUUACUGAACCCCACUCUGAGCAUCCAGCACGUGCUAUGACUUUUUCUUUGGUGGUGUGAGAGCCUCGAAGUAAGACCUCCAGUCUGGGAAGUUGGGGACCCAGCUACCUGGAGGGACCAUUCCCUGCAGCUUGCUCUUUGCACCUUUCUCAUGACUGUUUAAAACAGAUGUCUCUCUUCAAGAAAAACUUCUUUCUGUGAGGGGAAAAAAAAAAAAAAAAAGAAAAGGAAUAUUGUCGGAGACAUUCUGUUUAAAGAGAAAGCAAAAAGCUCACCGCCUGCAGGCUGCCAGUGUAUCCUGGUGGGGAGACCACAUACUAUGUUUUGUUUGACUUAAUAGGUUUGGUGCUUAUCUUCUAAUAAGAUUUAAAUAUCACAAACUGUAGCACAAAUGAUAUAAUUUAUAACUUAUGUAUCGACUAAAAUUGGGGAUAGUAAGGUAUUUGAAAGAAUAGAUGUUUUUUGUUUAUUAAAAUCAUCAGGUAUCCAAAACUGUUAACCCCAUACCCUCAACAUGAAAUGCCAGCCCCUUCCAAGCUGAUAUGAGUGGGUUUCUGCAUGGCUGCAGACCCCUCUGAGCUAGCCCCAUGUUCUCAUUCCUUUCUGGGGGACAAGGUCGAGGCAGAGAUCCCUGGAGCAGGCCUUCCUACCACAGUGCAGCCCUUGCUUCAAGAGUCUUUGCCCUUCCUCCUUUUUUGGGUUUGUCAUGUCAUCUGAAUAAUACUUGAAAUUUUGUCCUUUGUAAAAAAAGGAAAAAAAAAACUUUUGUUGAAAUCAUAUUAUGUUUGUUUGCAAAAUUGAAACUCUUGCUUCUUCUCAGGAAUACGACUUUCAACUCUUGUCUUGCUCUUGAUAGAUUCUGUGGAAGAAGGCCACUUCCUGCACUCUUAAUAAACUACCGUGUUGUUUCUC